AUGGUCAUUGGAGGGGCGAUCAAUGCUUUGAAGUGCAGAUUGUUGCCUUCAACAUUUAAGGGCGUGGCCAUGACUUGGUUUAUUAAGCAACCUCCAUAUUCCAUCUCCAACUUCACUGAUUUGUCAACUAAGUUUCUAACACAAUUCUCGGCCAAUCAAGCACAAAAGGCGACCCCAGCUGAUCUGUUCAAUAUUCGCCAACAUGUGGGCGAGCGUAUUAAAACCUACAUGUCUCGAUUGAGUAGAGUUUCAGUGCAGUUAGAGGACGUCAGUCCGGAUGUGUGUGUGGCGGCCUUCAAAAAUGGGCUCAGAUGCGGCUCAUUGAACAAAGAUUUAACUAGACGGCCUGCCAAAGAUAUGAUGGAUUUGCGUGCACGGGUACAAGAGUUUAUCUUGGUUGAACAGGAUGAGCAAACUAAAAAAGAUAGGGACGAUUGGCGAGCUCAACCGGACGUUUCAUCAGAAAAAGGUCGCGCUCCUAAAGACCAACGACCCGCUCAGACACCGCGCCAGAAAAGGCCAGCGCCCUAUCUAGCAGGAAGACAGGGGCCACAAAGUAACACUUGGCAUCGGAAUAGUCAACCCGCUUCGGUGAAUCCGGCGGCCCAAGGAGGACAUGCUCCCGCCCAAGGUCAUCAAACCAAAUUGAACGCUCAUCUCAGCACAAUACUGCAAGCAGUAGGGCAAACUAAUGUGGUUCAAUACCCGAGGCCACCCAGGCGACCUCCUGCGAAUGUGGAUACAACAAAGUGGUGUGAAUUCCAUAAAGCCAUGGGACACAAUACAUAUAAUUGCUGGACUUUGCACAAGGAGAUUGAACGACUGAUCAAAGCGGGGCAUUUGUCCAAUUUUGUCUCGGGAGAAAAUACACAGUUUGACGCGGAUUUUGAUCAUGUGAUUCCGCAUGAUAACGAUCCAAUAGUGGUGACUCUGCGCAUAAAUAACUAUGUUACUAAGAAAGUUUUUCUAGAUCAAGGCAGUUAUGCUGACAUCAUAUAUGGUGAUGCAUUUGAAAGAUUGGGCUUAAAGGAGUCAAACUUAAAGCCAUAUACGGGGUGUCUAGUUGGAUUCACAGGCAAUCGGGCCAAGGUCCGAGGCUAUGUGGAAUUGGACACUGCUUUUGGUGAGGGUGAAUACGUGAAGAAAUUUCAAGUAAAGUAUUUGGUUCUUCCGUGUAAGGCGACGUAUAAUGUGCUUCUAGGGCGUGAUACUUUGAACAAAAUAUGUGCAAUAAUUUCAACCGCCCAUUUGACAGUAAAGUAUCCAGCUUGCAAUGGAAAUGUGGGAAUUUUGAGGGUGGAUCAAGAGGCCGCCCGAGCCUGUUAUGCACAAAGUUUGGAACUUUAUGGUAAGAAGGCAGCCAAGGAAGCACAUCGCGUCACAGAGAUUUUUCCACAUGAGAAUUUCAAUUUGGAUCCUCGUGAUGAUUUAGAGGAGUUAAGACCUCAGCCGGCGGAAGAAACCAAAUCUAUUUACUUAUCUGGGCGUGCUUUGAAAAUUGGAAGCACCUUGUCAAAGGAACAAGAGGACCGAUUGGUCGAACUACUAAAAAACAAUUUGGAUUUAUUCGCAUGGACAAUCAAGGAUGUUCCAGGCAUUGAACCCAACGUUAUAUCCCAUCACUUGUCAAUCCAGCAAGGGGCAAAACCUAUUGUACAUGCUCGUAGGCGGAUGGGCGAAGAAAAGGACAAGGCAGUACAAAUAGAAACUCAAAAGUUACUUGAAGGAAAGUUCAUUAGAGAAGUACAAUACCCAACAUGGUUAGCAAAUGUUGUUAUGGUGUGA